AGCAGCGGAUUAUCCAAACAGAAGACUGGAUGCACAUCUAUUCUCCUGCAUGCUCCCAUCGCAUCGCAUCUCAUCUCAUCUCACCAAAGCGCAUGAAAGAAACGGAGCAAAGAGGAAAGAAAAGAGCAGCAUUGAGAAUCUUCCAGGUGGACAGUAAAGUUCUGACAGCAUGCCGAAGCACAUGGAAGUAAGAGUGCACGAAAGCCACUUGGAGCCCAUAGAGACCAGGCCACGUUCCAAAUUAGGCACAAUAUGCCAGAAGUUGGGGAAGAACCUGCUGCUCACAUUGACUGUUUUGGGAGUGAUUAUGGGAGCUGUGUCUGGCAUGCUGCUGCGCGUUGCUUCCCCGAUCGAUGACAACAUUGUCAUGGUAAUUUCCUUCCCUGGAGACAUUCUAAUGAGGAUGUUAAAAAUGCUCAUCCUUCCCUUAAUCAUCUCCAGCUUAAUUACAGGUCUUUCUGGUCUGGAUGCAAAGUCAAGUGGUCGUCUGGGUUCCAGAGCCAUGAUUUAUUAUAUGACCACCACUAUCAUUGCGGCUGUGCUGGGGGUUAUCCUGGUGCUUCUCAUCCACCCUGGUAACCCAAAACUCAAGGAGAAUCUGGGAGAGGGAGCCAAAAACGAUGAGGUUUCCAGUCUUGAUGCCUUUUUUGACCUUAUCAGAAACCUCUUUCCAGAGAACUUGGUUCAGGCUUGCUUCCAGCAGGUCCAAACUGUUGUCAAGAGGGUAGACGUUCAGCCUGACUUUGAUGACACCAAUAGCACGGCUGAAUUCCUCCUGAAUGCCACCAAGCCUCCCCCAAUUUUCAUAGACAAGAAAUCUCUGCAAUACAAGAGUGGAAUGAAUGUGUUAGGAAUUAUUGGAUUCUUUAUCGCCUUUGGUGUUUGUAUGGGCAAGAUGGGAGAAAGAGCCAGGCUUAUGAUUGAAUUCUUCAACAUUCUUAAUGAGAUUGUAAUGAAGCUGGUUAUCAUGAUCAUGUGGUAUUCACCCUUCGGCAUCGCCUGCCUGAUCUGUGGAAAGAUCAUCUCCAUAAAAGAUUUGGAGGUAGUGGCCAGGCAACUGGGAAUGUACAUGGUAACAGUCAUCAUUGGUCUGAUCAUCCAUGGGGCCAUAUUCCUGCCGUGUAUCUACUUUGCAAUUGUGAGGAAAAACCCCUACAAGUUCUUCAUGGGUAUCUUCCAAGCCUGGAUCACUGCUCUGGGCACAGCCUCCAGUGCUGGUACUCUGCCUGUAACGUUCCGUUGUCUUGAGGAGAACCUCGGUAUUGACAAAAGAGUUACACGUUUUGUGCUUCCAGUCGGAGCAACGAUUAACAUGGAUGGCACGGCUCUCUAUGAGGCUGUAGCUGCCAUAUUCAUUGCCCAAAUGAAUGGAAUUUAUUUAGAUCCCGGUCAGAUUGUCACUGUCAGUCUUACAGCAACACUUGCCAGUAUCGGAGCAGCGAGUAUCCCGAGUGCUGGACUUGUUACCAUGUUACUUAUUCUGACAGCUGUAGGACUGCCAACCCAAGACAUCAGUCUGCUGGUGGCUGUUGAUUGGCUUCUAGAUCGUUUCCGUACCUCAGUCAAUGUGGUUGGAGACUCCUACGGGGCUGGCAUUGUCUACCACCUGUCCAAGGCGGAGCUUGAUGCUCUAGAUGCACAGCACGGAAAGUCAGAUGAUAUGGAGAUGACCAAGACCCCGUCCUACUAUGAUGACCUCAAAAACCAUCACGAAAACAACUCCAACCAGUGCGUUCAUGCUGCUCAAAAUUCUGUGUUAGUAGAUGAUUGCAAGGUAACCUUGGCGGCCACACACGGCUCAAGUGCGGAGUACACAGUUGUUGAGGAAGAACCUUGGAAAAACAAUUAAUGGAAGCACACAGAUCUCCAGCACCCAAAAAAAGAGAGAAUCAUGCACAUAGAACAACUGAUGGGUUUUGUAGUUUAUUUCUAUGGUUUCUGUCCUUUUUUUAACAUGUUUAACUAUAUUUGCUUGUCUGAUGUAACACAAGAGCGUGAAGCCUAAGGCCACACGUGCAUCUGCCUUAAUUAUAUGAGGCAGUUACGUAAAUUAUACAUGAUCCUAAUAAAUAUAGUAUUCAAGUCUAUGUAUGGUGAGGAGGGGUCAAGAAAGAUAACUCGGUUUACUAGAUUCAUUUCCUGGCCACCAGCUGCUCUUUAUAUGAAGCCACAAUGUAGAAACUUGUCAAUUCCUCUAGAUCAUCUUCACUAUGACAACUGAACUGUCUUGCACAACGUUAUUUCUAAACAAAUCUUAUAACCACUAUUUUCGUAGGGCUACUGUGCUGUUGCUAGGAUACAGCAGCGGGGACGGAGGCAACGGGAUAUAGAUGGUCGGUAAAGCACAAGCCACGUUUGGCACCUCCCCCCUCUGAGCUCUUUUUAUGACAUUGGGUGUGGGGGGAUUUGCUCUUUAUUCUGUCAAAAAGCACAAGAGCCAUUCAAACACAAUUCUCAUAUUUACCAUGUCAGGUUUUAAAAGAGCCCUGUUGUUUCAGAUAGAGCUGUUAUACUGAAAUAUGCACUGCACUGCGUAUUUUCCUUGCACUGCCAAAACAAGAACGGCACAUGUGUCAUACGGUUUCGGGGCAUCUGUGUGGAAACAUCUCAUCCCUAAGUCCCAUUGAGAUUUGAAAUCCAGAUGUGCUAAGAAAUUGGAGGACUGCUGAGGUUUGGUACCCCUGCUUUACAAUUCAACAUGGGAUGAAUCACCCUUUGUCCACACACACAUAUAUUAGCAUGGGGUCGGGUGGGUUGUUAGUUUUGUCCAGGACCAAAAUGAAGAGCACAUUCACAAGGUUUGUAUAGUUUGUGUACUAGAUUCUGGACAAAACGAACAUCAAAUGAUGUAGAAAUAUUUCUCAGGCAUGUAAACCAUUUACUGGCUUUGUCAGGGACCAAACAUUCCUAGUGCGGGCGGAUGAAAUCAUUUGUAUUAAGGCCCUGUUUCUAAACUGGAGAGAGCUGUUUUUAUGUUAUCGUUGUGAAUUUAUACAACUCUAAAUACCUAAUGCCUAAUGUGUUCAUUUCUGCCAUCUCUGUUUUUCAUCCUACAGUAGUUGUCAGUGUUGUUUACAACCCUUUUAAAUGACUUUUUACCUCAACCAGAAAUUGCCAAGGCUACUGUAACUACAAUCUUCUGAAACUAGGUUUUGUUUGAUGCUCGGUUAAAUUGCUAAUAAAACAGCAGCAAAGUAUUCCAUUGAAAGCGGUAAAUGAUGGAUGAUCCUGGAAAAAUAAUGAUCCAAAGCACUACCUCUGGCACCGUCAAAGCAUUUACAAUUUAUGAUGCACGCGACUGUUUCGUAGCCCCACAAUGCUGCCACUUUUUUAUCAGCGCCUUACAGAUCAGCACACCUUUCAUGUCCACAUACCUCACUAUGCCAGUCAGAGAUUUAGACGACAACAAAAAUAAGAUUUCAAAUAAAUGACAAAUUCAGAUUUCUAUUUCAAUUACAGACACAUAGAAAUGUAUUUGUGGAUCUUUUAUAUUUUUGUGUCACAAGGGGUUAAACACUAUUCCCUAAUACUUCAAAUUCGUUUUUCUUUCUAUGAACUCGCAUCACGUCAGCAAUCUCUUGAUGUUUCAGUGUUAUCUCCUUCACCAAGAGAAUCAAGGCCAUAUGAAGUCAGGCUCAAGUUGCCACGUACAUUAUGUUGAAUUGAAUCAGAACAUGAAUUUCAGAUAAUGUGGGUCAUCGGCCAAACCGUCAGAUGUCUUAAAAUACAUUGAGCUUCUUUAGAUACACGGACACCAAUCAUUGGCCCAAACACAUGAAGGUAAAGUGCCUCUGCACUUUGUGUAAAUAUUGUGGGUGACAUACUGUACUUCUCUUGUUUUUCAGUCGUAGAAACAUAAAUAUAGUGUUUGAAUGUUGUGACAAUUUAACUCAAGCUUUUUGUAAUCCUUUUUGGUAAUCCGUUGUGCUAGAUAAAAUGAAUAGUAGAGCGAAAUGUUUCUUAUAGAAAGAUAAUAUAUUGAUUUAAGUUUAAUUCUGACUAGCUGUAUGUAGCUCUUUCAGAAAUUGUGUUUCCAUUCUCGUAUCUGUUCUGUGUUUGGAAUGUUUUCUCCCACAUAAAUGACUCUGUUAUAUCAGAUACAAAUGGAUAUUUGCGUAUUAAAUAUGGCAUCUUAAAAUGUAUACUUUUGAUGGUGCUAUACCAUACACAAAUGCUUUCAAUCUGAUAGUCCAAUAUCUAUAUAUAUAUAUAUAUAUAUAUAUAAAUAUAAAUAUAUAUUUGUGUGCAUGUGUGUAUUAAAAAACUAUUUCCGACAGUUUGGUGUAACAUCUUUAAAAAGGAAAAGAUUUGGAUAUUAUAAAGCAUGCUGUCCUAAUUCUGUGUUGAGACAAAUCUACAGUAUCUGUAAAACUGUUUUUUUUUCUCCGUUCCAUGCUUCUUCACUUGAUUUUCAAGUAUAUUAUUAUAUUUUAAGACAUCUACAGAUACUGUUUUAUUUUUAGAGUCAUAUUAAUAUGAACCCAAGUUGAUUCUACUUACCUAAUUGAAUAUUAUGGAAGCCAUCAUUAGUUUACAUUGUUUUUUUACUUUGGUCUUACAAUUAAACCCAUCUGUUGUGUCAUUAUUUUCUCUCAUCCUUUUGUGAUGUUUUUAUGGAAAAGGGAGAGAAAAUUACAGUCAAAGGAAAGUGCUACAACAUUUUUCCCUUUGUCACAGCUGUGAAACAAAAUUGUUCAUGCAUAUCAUUAUGUGUUGUACCAUUGGUGUACAUACAGUUAUUAUAACUAAUAAAUGUUGAUUCAUAACUAA